AUGUUCAUCGCGGUCGCGGGCGAGGAGCAGGGUUUGCUGGGGGCGAACUUCACCGCGACUACUUUGAGGCGGAAUGGGGUGGAUGUGCAGGGCAUGCUGGAUAACGACAUUGUGGGUAGCUCGGUCGGAGACGAUGGUACGCGCGCCCCAUUCGAUAUUCGGAUGUUCGUGUCGGGGCUUCCGCUUUCGAAUACGGCGGCUCAGAACACGGCGUUGGCGGCGAUAGGAGGCGAGAAUGAUUCGCCAGCUCGACAGCUUGGGCGUUUCAUUGCAGAAGUGGGGCAGAACUACCUCACGCAGAUGAACGUACGCACCAUCUACCGCCCAGAUCGAUUCCUUCGGGGAGGCGACCAGAGGCCAUUCCUCGAGCAAGGCUUCCCAGCAGUCCGAUUCACCGAGCCGCACGAGAACUUUGCCCACCAGCACCAAGAUAUCCGCGUCGUCAACGGAACCCAAUACGGCGACCUCAUCGAGUUCGUUGACUUCGAGUACAUCGCCCGCGUAGCCAAAGUCAACGGGGCCGCCCUCUGGGCUUUAGCCCAAGCACCGGGCACGCCGAAGAACGUCGUCGUCGACACCUCCCAGCUGACGAACAAUUCAACGCUGAGAUGGACUGCGGACCCUCUUGCUGAUGGGGGUUACGAGGUCGUGUGGCGCCAGACCGACGAGCCGCUCUGGUCAAGGGUCAUACGUGUUGGACAGACAAAUAGUGUGAACCUCAAGUUGUCGAAGGAUAAUGUUCAGAUGGGUGUUCGUGCAGUUGGUAAAAACGGGUUCAGGAGCCCAGCAGCGUUCCCUUCGCCUGGCUAG